AUGAGCCCUUCUGAGACUUCCGGCCAUCUUGGCCACCUCACUGUCGAGGAAGAACGGAAACUGCAGCAAGUUUGGGCCAAUAUCAUCCGACUUUUCGGUGACCAGAACAUAUCCCAGGGAAAACCAGACUGUCGGGGAAACGGAGAUUUAAAAAUGACUGGUACCUCUCCAAAGUCUGGGCAGCUGUCCCUGAUAGAUACAGCCCCAGACAGGAUCGAGGAGUACCGGAAGAUAAUGACCAGUAAAUCCCCCCAAGUUUUCAAGAAGCGCUUUUGGGAGAGCAUCAAGGCGUACAACCCUGACUCCAUUAUUCUCCGUUUCCUCAGAGCCAGGAAAUGGGACGUUGGGAAUGCGACUACGAUGCUUGUUUCUGCCAUCAACUGGCGAGAUGAAAUACGCAUCGAGGAGACCAUCAUUAACCGUGGAGAGAGCGUGAUGUUCGAAACAUCGCACACCCAGUGCGUAAAGGACUUUGUGGCUCAAUACAAGUCCGGGAAGAGCUACGUGAGAGGAACCGACAAAGAUCUCCAUCCCGUAUAUGUCAUCAAGGUCAAACUCCAUGACCCGCAUGCACAAUCAUCCCAGACCAUGGAGUCCUACGUGCUACACAACAUCGAGAGCAUCCGACUCCUCGUGCGCGAGCCAAAUGAUAAGGCCUGCCUGAUAUUCGACUUGACUGGCUUUGGCCUGCGCAACAUGGACUUCCACCUCGUCAAAUUCAUGAUUCAGGUGUUCGAGUCUAGGUACCCCGAGACACUGGGGCUUGUCCUUGUUCACAACGCUCCAUUCAUUUUCUGGGGAAUCUGGAGCGUCAUCAAGGGGUGGUUAGAUCCUGUCAUUGCCUCCAAGAUACAUUUUACCAGGGGGAAUGGAGAUAUCGAGCGCUUCAUUGCAAAUGAUAGGCGGCAAAAGUCCUACGGGGGUGAUGACACUUGGGAAUACAAGUACGUAGAGCCUGUGAAAGGGGAGAAUGCACUGAUGGAAGACACCGUAAAGAGGGACGAGAUCCAAGCCGAGCGAGAAGCCCUCGCAAUCCAAUAUGAGAAGGAGACCAUUCAAUGGAUGGCGUUCGACCCUGACAGCAAACAAGGCAAGAACUGUAACACUAGGAGGAUGGAGAUUGCGACCAAGUUGCGGGACAACUACUGGUCUCUCGACCCAUAUGUCAGGGCUCGAACAUACUUUGACAGAAUUGGUGCGGUGGAGAAUAAGAAGGUGCUCAAUUUCGAUCCGGUUGUCGGUUGA